UGUUGAUUCCGCGUUCUCAGCUUGUCGCUGCAAUGGAAUAGGGCAGUACACAGAGGUGUUCGGCAUAGUUCACCAAGGACUCCUUCGAUGGCUUCUCCAAGAAGCCUCAAGAAGCGAACGUUGCGCAUCGGGGACUUGGGGAAGCAGCAGCAGUGGCAGAUGGCGGUGCAAGUCAUGGAGGAUUUGCGGAGAGAGUUGUUGCAGCCCAGCAUCUUUACCUACAGCGCUUUGGCCACCGCAUGUUCCAGGGGCUUGCAGUGGCAAGCCACCCUUCAGCUGCUCCGUGAGAUGCAGCUUGAGAAGCUGCGGCCUGACGCGCACUUCCUCGCUGUAGUCAUCUCGGGCUGCGGCCGUGGAACGGAGUGGCCAAAGUCGCUGGAGCUCUUUUCGGAGCUAAAGGUGAGUCAAAUCCUGCCAAGCAGAGCAUCCUACAACGCGGCCAUGGAUGCCUGUUCAAGAGGCGAGCAAUGGGAGGCAGUCAUCCAUAUGCAGAGUUGCAUGAAGCAACAAAAUGUUGAGCCUGACCGUGUCACUGCCGCCACCUGUAUAGAUGCCCUGGGAAGACAGUAUUUUUGGCAGUGCUCUUUGCAGCUCUUUGACCAGAUGCAGGGGCAGAUGCAUCCAGAUUUGAUAAGUGCCACCUCCAUCAUCACUGCUUGUGGUUUGGGACGUCAGUGGGAGAUUUCCCUUCGGAUGCUGGCAGACAUGCCGCUUUACGACCUGCGGCCCAAUGUUGCAACCUUUGGUGCUGCCAUUGCGGCGUGUGCACGUGGUCUCCAAUGGCCAGAAGCAGUGGAAUUGCUCCGUGAGAUGGAAUUUGCUCGUUGCAGCCCCAACGGCAUUGCAGUUGGCGCUGCGAUUGUUGCGUGCCAAAGAAGCAUGCACUGGAACCAAGCUGCAGAACUGCUUCAGAGCUACAAGGUGUCAUCAGGCGAGGGGAUGAGAGAGCUGGCAAAGGUCCGCAUGGUAGGUGACACUGCUGCCAUGAAGGCACGAGUGAACGCAGCAGACUGGGCAGGCGCCCUGCAAAUCUUCACAGAAAUGCAGAGAGCUGCAAUGCACUUGGGCCCAAAGGUAAGAAUGAAAAAAGGUCUGAUCUCUUGGCGACGUGACAGGCCAGAUCGCCGUGCGUUGUCCACGGCUCUUGAGAUUUUCAGCAUUUCAGCGCACUGGGUAUCAGCUUUGGCGACCUUGCAACACAUGGUCCAGCACAGCAUGCACGAUGCCGCUGAUGUAGAACAGACAGCGGCUGCAUGCCAACUGCACGGAAAGAUGCAAGCCUUCUCAUCACUGAUGCGUGCGUCUGGCACAGCUGGCGCCGGCGCUGGCGCGUGGUCGUACAAGCCGAGACGCAUGUCAACCACGAGGCUGGACUGGAGACGUCGGAUUAGCAGCGCAACAGUACGCGCGGCAUUCGCUUUGAUC